AUGGCUCCGUCGCUAUCGAGAGGACCGUCCAUCAGAGGGCGCCAGUCGCUGUCCCAUGAAACAAACCCCCGUAGCCCGUCUGCCCAUUCGCACCACAGUCCCUUCGGAGGCUUGAAGAAGGCCUUCACCGGCGGCACGCUCAAGGGCAGCGUGAUCAGGAAGAACACCACCCGCAAGGGCAGCAAAUCCUCCAAAGGUAUGCAAUUCGAUCCGCAGCGAGCGCUGUCGAUCCUUGCCCCUGCAGAACUGACUCUCUACUCUUCUCUAGCUGGUGGCAGCUCCCAUCCAUCUGCCCACGCGCAGCACCGCGAUAUCUCCUUCCCGAUCAACGAGCACGAACCGCACCACAACCACUAUGCGACCGGCCACUCGAUGCACCAUAAUGAUGGAUUCAAUGGGAAGAGCGCAAAGGCCGAGAACUUCUUCGGCGUGUUCCUGAGCCUGCUGCGCUGGAAGAAGAAGCUCAUCCUCAAGACCAGCAAGGGGAAGCACCAGGACACGGAACUCCUGAUGGCGUGCCCCUUCUUCCGCCUUGAUCCCUUCCGGUACCAGCGCUGCCUGGGCAAGUACGAGCUCCGUCGAUUCUCCGACGUCAAGCAGCACCUCGAGCGAUGCCACUCGCCCGGCCAUUACUACUGCGGUAAUUGCCAGCAGACCUGGACUAAGGAGGGGCCCUGGAACCAACACAUGAAGAACGGCUGGGAUUGCGAGCCUGCACCGCCCGACCCGGACAAGAUCCCCAUCGACAAGCUCGAGUUCCUCAAGAAGCUGCCUCGAGGAGCCAGCGACGCGGAGAAGUACCGGACAAUGUGGAAGGAGUUCUUCCCGGGAGAGCCCCCCGACCCGUAUCUACGCGACAUACCAACCGAGGCGACAUCACAGCUUCGCCAGAUCCAGGAGCCGACACUGCGGCACAGUGUGCUCCCAGCCCUGCUGCGCAAGCACGGCGUGGACCUUGGCCACAAGCAGACGCAGGCAUUUGUCGAGGAGAUUCUCGCCGAGGCCUACAACCUGAAUCACUCGCGUCCUCCUGCGCCCGUCUACCGGCGGGACCCAGGCCGCCCAUCACUACCUUCAGCGUCACCACAGCUGGGCGGCGGCAGCUUCAUCAGCAAUAGCCAGCCACUCCAUCAGUCGCCAGAGGAGCUGCAGCAACCCUUCCAGCAGACCAGGAUAAAGCCAGAGCUGUCGCUGGAAUGCGACCUCGCCAGCAUCCAGAAUCACCAGCCACAGCCACAGUCGCUGAUGGAGCCUGCCAGCGCCCACUCCCUCGUGCACAGCCCGGCAGUCAGCAUUGGCGAUGGCUUUGAUAAUUUCGACACAUUGGAUGGUACUACGAUGAACCCAACCGGAGGCUUCUCUCAGUACCGCCAGCACCAGCCCAGCGUCGACUCUUACCUUUCGCCCACGAUCCCACAGCCGAUGGCGACCGGCUUCAGCCAGAUGAGCCAGCACAGCCAGCACUACGACAACGUGUCACCCACCACGGUGAAUCUACCGAUCAUAGGCGGCCCCAGCCACCACUCUGGCCCGCCUUCUCUCAUCUCCGAGAAUGGCGCCGUCUCCUUCAACGACUGGUCCAGCCUUGACCCCGGCCCGGGCCCCAUGAAGCUGGACGAGCCGCAGUUCACGGCGUUCAGCAUGCAGCCGCCGGAGCCUGCGCCUGGAAUCAUGGUGUACACGCCGGCGGGCCAGUACCAGCAUUUGCCCGAAAUGUCGUUCCCCAAGUGCUGGGCCUGCGAGAACAAUCAGGUGCAGUUCUGUACCUGCACGUCGCCGAUCCCGGACCGGCAGCUGAUGUGA